AAGCAUGUGAAGCAGUUGACGUGAGAGGAGAAAGAGCAUCGAACAGCUGCAUGGAUCCGAGACACCAGGAGGAGGAUGCAAAGAGGGAAACACCUGCAGAUGCAGGAUGCUGUCAAACUUGUCGGCUGACAGCUCGUGUGGCUGUUGCUAUGGCAACAAUAAUCCUGGUCAUGGGACUUCUUUUGUGUUUGGUGCUAUUUGCCGCGUUGAGGGGAGCACCAGAAGUGGAUCAGACCUCUAACCCUUCUGCAGAGGAGCUGAUGAUGGAGCAACUGCAGCAGUGCCAAAAAGAGCGCCAUGAUGUGGACCUGAUGCUCCACACCGUCACUCGAGACUCCAGGUGCAGGUUGUGUCCUGAUGGCUGGCUGUGGUGGAGGAGUCACUGCUACUUCUUUUCAGUGGGGCUGCAGGACGAUCGUAAGUGGAACGAGAGCACAGAGUUCUGCCUGCAGCACAACAGCAGCCUGGCUGUGAUCAAAGACUCCGCAGAGAUGGAGUUUAUCCAAGGUGUGAUGGAAAAGUUCCCUCGGUUCCCCUUCCUGUGGGUGGGACUGACAGACGCCGAGCAGGAGGGUCGGUGGCUGUGGACGGACGGGACAGACAUCCAGCACUACAUGCCGGUGACGGUGCAGUGGGACGCUGAUCACAGGGACUGUGCAGACGUGAGGGGAGGUGGGAGUCUUUUUGCCGCCAGCUGUGAGUCAUACGGACCCUGGGCUUGUAAGAGAGACUCCUGACACACUUCUACACACAUUUAAGCUUUCUUUAUGUACAACAUGCUGGCAUUUUAUACCAAGGAUUUGAUAUGUUACAGUAUUUGGAAAUCCUACUUAAGCUACACUUUGUCAUGCAACGUUAUGUGACAAAGUCAGCAUUGCAGGAGGCAAAAGUGAUCGACGUGUUUGUCUAAAGACUUUUUCAAAGAGCUUUACAUUUGUAGUUGAUAUGUCGGUGGGAUAAUAUCUGCUUCUCUUAAAUGCUGAAGUAUUUUGGUUGAGUGUGAUGUGAUGUCAGGAAAAAGUCAGAUAAGAAUCAAAGACAACAUAUGUACAGGAAAUAUUUAUUAGAUGCUUAUCACAAAGUGCGUUUUAAAGUGCAUGCAUGUAUGUAAAUGCAGAAUGAGUUCACACUUUCAUGUCCACAGAUAAAUAUUAAUGUAGAAAAUUAAAACCCUGCUUUUCAAAACUUUAAUUUUUUUUUAAAUAAAUACUUUUAUAUUAACUCAGAGUUGGGUUUCACUUUAGGUUCUCUUUCUUACUGUCUGUCUGAUAAGAAUCUCCACUUCUAUCAUUAGUAUGAUCAGAUACAUCUAUUUAUAAUAUCAUCAGCACUGUGAUACAGUUAUGUCUUUAAGUGUCUACCACUGUUCAAUGUCAGGUUUGAGCUGACGCUUAAGAGAUUUUAAAUUCAGCUUAAAGAUGAGAAACUGACAGAUAUUUUUACAGCAACAUAUAGGGAUGGAAGAUUCAUGAGAGAUCCCAAAUAUUCUUGUAGUUUU